AUGGCUCAACUAGGCUCGGAAGAGCUACUUGUGUUGAAGAAAAAACUCAUUAAAAGUAACGUUGGUUCGUUCUUUCACGACGUAUCUUCUGGUGAGUUGCAAAGUUUCCAGUGCGUCUAUGCUACUCUUCUCGAUGUAAAGGUGAACGAAUCUGGUGAUAAAACUAAGGUGUUAUGCUGCGAUGUGCUAUCAAUUUGGUUGCUAAGAUAUACGCAAUGUGUGAGAAAGAAAUCUAGCUUGGAAAAACUACUCGCAAGGUCAGAUAUUAAUAGUCUAUUCCAGUACAUUGUGGACUUCCUAGAGCAAAGUUCUGGUCCGAGUCUGAAUGCUUUGAAUGUGCUUUUAUUGAAGCUGAUAGAUACGGUAAUUGUGACGUUUGCAAGUGAAAAGGAUGAAAUAUUUCAAAAAUGGAUCGAUACUGUGAUGAAUUUAUCCAUCACCACUAGAUCUAAGUACCAAUUAAUCGAAGUAUUGGGCAAGCUGACCAAUCCCAAGUACAUAUUAGAUAAGUAUCCGACAUUUGCUAACAAUUGUAUUUCCAUAAUGUGGUCCGAUGCACUUGCAAAUUCGGCAAGUAAGUCAUUUGCAACGAUUUACAGAGGUAUCUAUGAGCCUACUGAGCAUGCUACGUGGAUCCAACUUUGGCAAAGCUCUGUUAUGGAAGGACUUCGCAACUUGAAACUGCGUAAGAAUAUACAGACCUACUUACUCCCGUUAUUGUUUACCAUUUCACAAGAAAGCUUCUCCAGCUUUAUGAAUCUUAGCUUCAAAACAUCUAAAGCUUCAAUAGAUACUGAUAUAGAUCUACUUAUAGGUGUGGCCAAAGUAGGCCAAGAUUUAGCUAUUGUCACCGAGCCAUUUGACCCUCAAGACAAAGAUUCAGUCAUUCCUUUACCAAUCUUAAUAGAUAUUAUGACUCACCAAUCUCCAAAGUACAGAUUGGCAUCCUUUGCAUUAUUUUUGGGAUCUCCUAAGAGCUCUGUGCCAAUACCUCAGUACAUUCUCGAUACUUUGGUUGACAAGAAUAUAAUAGAAACAUUUUUCAUGGAUUAUGAUGAUACUGACAUUCGUAAUGAUUUCGUAUCCUCUAUGAAACAAUUUCUCAUGAGAAUUUUAGAUUCAUCCUACUCAGCUAAUAGAGAUUUAACUAAACUUCAAAAGAAAAAUGUGGAGAGCGACAGACAAGACUCAUUGAAGAAAUAUUUACUAUCGGCGAAACGUUUCUUGCAAUGGCUAGUAAAGUUUUUAUUGAAAAAUCUUGCACCAGCAUCAAAUUAUGCACAAUUAUUCUUAGGAUUUCAUAUUACUGAAUAUUUAAUUACAUUAGGCUUAGACAAUUCAGUGGUGUUAACACCACAUGAUGCUACAGGAGUAACUAAAAGCAAGAAGUCAAACUCUGGUAUCAAAUUUCCUUAUUCAAUCGAAAUAUUUAGUGAUUCAUUGAUUCGUAUUUUGAUGGAUAAUAUUACAAAUAAUUAUGAAGAUCUAAGAGAGAAAAGUGUUUCCUUAUUAUUAAUGUGCCCUAAGGAAAAGAUAGCCGAAGUUCUAAUUGGCAAUUCCAAUCAACUGGAAAGAAUAAUCAGCGUUAGCAUCGAAAUUUUACUGGACCUCAAGGGCAGGAAAAGUGAAGGAGGAGCAAGAGUGUUACAGUUCUUGACACAAGCAUAUCAAAGGCUCGAAUUCAAUACUAAAAUAAUCGACUUGUUUGAUCUAUUGUACAAUAGGAUUGAUUCAGUUUUAGAUAAAUCGGCUGUACUCCUGCCGUCUUUUGAAACGGUAGCUCCUCAAGAUAGACUUCAUGGUGUUUUUACAGCAUUGAGGCUAAUGCUUUCAAGUUUGGAGCCAGAAAUGUUUCCUGUCAACCAUUCAUUCUAUGAAAGAUUAUUUUCUAAAUUUAUUGGAGAAUAUUAUCCUAAAAUUUGGACGUUUGUUAAACCCGUGUUGGGCAAUACUACCGGAGACUUAAGUGAAGUAGAAGAAAAACUAACCUUAAAUUAUAGUUGGAAGUUAGUCAAGGAAUCAACGUCGUAUUUAAAAUUUAUUUUGGAUAUUUCUUCUAAGCAUCCUCGCUUAAUUAAAAAGGAAGAAUUUUUGAGCAUCGUUGAUAUAACCAUCGAUCAGCUAUCCUCGGUUAACCAUAGAGGAGCAUUUUCUUCUGUUUAUCCUACCUUCAUUGCCUGUUGUGAAUGCUGUCUUCAACUGAGUGAUUCGGAUCUACAAAGGAAGCCAUUUGAAUGGUUGAAAAGUAACAUUUUACUUCUUGAACUGAAAACUCAACUCAUCAGUAGAAGAUCCGGUGGAUUGCCAUAUUUGAUUACAGGUAUUCUUACUGCUGGCAAAAAUAGUAGAAACUAUAAUGUUAUAGAACAAGAAGAAACAUUAUUAUCUUUCUCAAUGAAGGAAUUAAUUCGUAUUGCUAGCAUCCCCUAUGUUCCAAAUGCAGAUGAAAAAAUGGAUAUUUCUCAAGUCCAUGCAUUUAACAGUAUGAAGCAUAUAUUCAUAGACUCACAGCUUUCCGAUGAUAGUGUUUUCUUUGUAAAAGAUGCUUUGAGAAUUGCUCUUGUAAAUUGCAAUUCUAAAACAUGGGCCAUCAGAAAUUGCGCAGUUAUGCUUUUCACAGCAUUGCAAAAUAGACUAUUUGGAACUAAGAAGCUUGGGGGUAUUAUCCCAACCGUUAGUGCAAAGUCAUUCUUUAACAAAUACGACGGAAUUGAAAACAUUCUACUUUCAAAUUUAGACAAUUCAUUAAGUGGAGAUUCAAACGUAGAAUCUGUCUUUCCUAUAAUAACCAUUUUAAUGAGAUUGGAAUCCAAUAAUGAUACAGAGGAAUCAAGUUUAAAAAGAUUCGAAACAUUAUUACAUGGAUACUUGAGCCAUAAAUCUUGGAAAAUUAGAGAAGUGGCUGCAAGAGCAUUAGCAGCAGUAGUACAGCCAAUUGAAAUUGAAAAUUUCCUUAUUAAAUUACUCGAAGAAUUUCAUGCAAAUGUUCUGUUUAAUAAAAGACAUGGUAUCUUGUUAACAAUUUUGGAAAUUAUCAAAAGAAUUAAUUUAAAACUUCCAGAUAUUGAAACUUUACACUUGUGCCUUGAGCACUUAAUAAUAAGGGCUCACUCAUUCAUACAUUAUGGCCAAACAUUUGACUGGGCCAUAAAUAAAGUUUAUAUCGACAUUCUCUUGCAUAUUCAUGAUUUGGAAUUGCCCUCAUCUGCUGUACAGUAUUUGUCUACCUUUAUUAUAAAGAACUACCUUAGUUCAGAUGCAAUGAUAGGGGGUCUGGAGCAAUUAUUUUUGCAGGAAACUAUUAAUCUUUUGUUAUCCCAGCAUUUGCAUAAAUCUCAAAUUAAAGAAUGCAUAGAAUUGAUCAAUAUCUGUAUAUUAUCUAAAGAAGCAUACGAAGUACAGCUAGUUGGAAUUUCUUUUUGCAAGAAGCACUAUAGUGUAUUGCGCCAAAGUGGAACAUUCGAUAGAGAAUGGACACAAUUAAAUGAUGAUAUAUGGCUGAUGAUUAUACGUAGUGAUAACAGUUGGAGUUUAGUCAAGUCAGCGGCAUUAUCUUUAUCCCAGAAGUUGUUGUCUUCAUCAAAACACUACAUCAUGAAAUCUGACGAAGAAUUAUCUUCAAUGGUUGCCCUAUUAAAAGAAUUUACUGUUUGUGGAGAUUUUAGCGAAGAUGUUAACUCAAUGGCCCUUGAAGUCUUGGGCCCAUUGAGUGCAGAACUUCUCAAAAGAAACAAAGAAUUCGCCGUACUGAACAUUAACGAUUUCUUCUUACUUGUUUCAAUUUAUGCAGAUGACGACAAGCCAUUUGAUAAUAGGUAUUCUGCUAUUAAUGCAGUUUCUGCAUUCGUGGAAUCGUUUACCAACGAAUUAACUGAUAAAGUAUACACGAGUUAUAUGUGUAAAGCAAUUUUUUCCCUCUACUUUGCUUUGUCGGAUGAUGACCGUGAAAUUAGAGACUUAGCGUCAUCUACAUUGUCCAGGCUCUUUGAUUUUAAGUUUGAAUCUGGAAAUUUAGCUGUUUCCAAAUACAUUGUUGAGAAUGUUUUGAAUUUAUUCAAUGUUUCUGAUGUCGAGAGUGAUUUAGUUCCCCUACUAUGCGACGAAAAGAAAUCAAUAUCUGCUACUAUUCUGUUGAUUCAAAAGCAAGAGUCAGAUGCGAAUUCCUUAUUUGAUAUCGAAGCUGUUAAUUUGUACAGAAACGAACUACAACUACAUCUGGAGAUAGUUUCCAUAGUAAGGCAAUUACCUCUUCUGCCUGAGUCUGUUAUAAGAAUGAAAUCUGCUAUGAGAAGAGACUUUGAAGUUGUCAAUGAAUUCAUCAACACUAAAGGUUCAGAUGGGUAUAUUGGUUGGACAAGAAGUGAGUUCGCAUACACAGCCAUGUACAAACUCAUAUCGAACUUGAACUUGCUUAAAGAGUUAGAUCUUACUGAACUGGAAGAAGUGAAUAAGUUCGAAUUAAAGCUUGAGCAGCGGAAUAUUCAUCCUUUACUUAAGGAUAUGCUAACCUGUAAAUAG